AUGGAAGCUAAAGAUCUAGCAAGUGUGCUUGAUAUGCCAAAUAUUAGCAUAUGGAAGAAGAAUGUAGAACCCUUGAACAGAGAAUUGAGUCCUUCACCCAAGCCUUCUCUUGAGGAAGCCCCUCAAUUAGAGUUAAAAAAACUGCCAUCACAUCUCAGAUUCUCUGAUGCGGCAUAUCUUCUGUCUGUAGGUCAAUUGGAUAUUCAUGGAAGAAUUGGAACAGAAAUGUUGUCACCAAAGACAGAAUAUGCUGCUUAUUUGGUGUUCAACUUGUUAAAAUGGUCCUGUGGACUUGAAUCUGCUAAAUCAAGUAUUAGGUUUGUUAAUUAUGAGAGUGAAAUUGAUACUGAAAAGCAGUCCAAUACUGUGCACUUUGCAAGAUCGAAAGUAAGUGGGGAUAUCCCAAAAAUCAGAGGAGGCGGAUGGAUGGAAGUAGAAUUGGGAUAUUGUAAUAGCAAGAAAGGCACUAAUGGUCCUGUUGAAGCAAGAUUGAUUGAGAUGAAACAUAUUUCCAAAGGUGGACUCAUUGUUGAAGGAAUUGAUUUUCGUCCUAGAUGA